UUUAUCAAUAAACUUACAAAUUUUGUGAAACUUGAUCUUUCUUCCAUUUUUGUUCUUGUACUAAUAGCUAAUUAUUAUUACUGCUAUUAUAAAGCUAGAAAAAUCAUGGAUAUUAAAUAUAACGAUAACUUUAUUCAUCGUAAAUGGAAAGUGAAAGAGGAUGUGGUCAUCUCAGGAAUGUCUGGUCGAUUCCCAAAAUCGGAAUCAGUGGAUGAAUUUGCUGAUAAUCUGUUCAAUUCUGUUGACAUGAUAACUGGAGGAAAUGAUCGAUUCCGUUCAGGUCAUACUAAUUUACCUCAAGUAAGCGGAAAAGUUUGUAAUCUAAACAAAUUCGAUGCUCAAUUUUUUUCGAUCCCCGAAUAUCAAGCUCAUCACAUGGAUCCACAAUUAAGGAAAUUAUUGGAAGUCACUUAUGAAGCGAUCAUUGAUUCAGGUAAGUCGAUAGAAUCAUUAAAAGGAUCGAAAACUGGAUUUUUCUAUGGGUCAUCGUUUGCUGAGACCGAAAUAGCCUGGGGUGAAGAGCCACUUGAGUCUCCUAACUACAAACAAAUGUAUGCGACAUUGGUUCCUUAUAUUUUCGAUCUAAAAGGACCAGUUUGUCACUUCGACACCGCCUGUGGGUCAAGUUUUUCAGCAUUGAAUGAAGCAUUUACAGCUAUUAAGUCAGGAAUUUGUGAUCAAGCUUUGGUCGCUGGAUUCAACAUUUGCUUAAUACCAGUGGUCACUUUACAGUUUCGAGAUCUUCAAAUGGUUUCUCGUUAUGGUCGAUCUAAGUGUCUCGAUGAAUCAGCUGAUGGUUAUGGAAGAUCUGAAGCCGUUUGUUGUAUCGUAUUACAAAAAUCAUCAGAUGCUAAACGUAUUUACUCAACGAUAGUUAAUUCUCGAUCCAAUACCGAUGGUUAUAAAGAUCAGGGCAUUUCAUUUCCAUCGGUCGAUUUACAACGACAAUUGAUUUAUGAAACCUACACCGAAGUUGGUCUUGAUCCAACCAAAGUGAGCUAUGUCGAGUCUCAUACUACUGGUACUCAGGCUGGUGAUCCGGUUGAACUAAAAGCCAUUCACGAUGUUUUUUGUAUUGGUCGAGAUCCAUCAAAACCUUUGAAAGUUGGAUGUUUGAAAUCAAACAUGGGACAUGCCGAGGCCGCAUCUGGUAUUUGCGCUACAAUUAAGGCCAACAUGAUAAUUCAAAAAGGUCUGAUUCCUCCUAAUUUACAUUUAAAAACUCCUAAUCCUCGAAUUGAAGGACUAAUGAACAAGACAAUUGUUCCAGUUACAACGAUUACUCCUUUCGAAGAUGAAAUUAUCUCGCUAAGUUGCUUUGGAUUUGGAGGUGCUAAUGCUCAUGUUAUUCUCCGUGGUCAUAAUGUCCGAUCAUCGGCUGAUGAGUUCAAUUUAACUCUAUCAAAAUUACCUCGAUUAGUAAAUAUCCCUGGUCGUUCAGUCGAAGGUAUUAAAUAUGUCCAAAAUUAUCUCGAAUCAUCGGUCAAUAAAUUAACCAGAUCAUUUCUCGAUCUUCUUAAUGAAUAUUCAAAAACUCGUAAAAUGCCUCAUCGUGGAUUCACAUUGAUUGAAGGAGAACCUGGAAAAUAUUCAAUGAAACAUUUCAUUGGAAACCAACUCGAUUCAGUUGAACGGAGAAAAGUCUAUCUGACAUCAUCAACAAAUCUCAAAAACGUGCAUCCAGAUUUAAGAGAUUUGGCUGUUUUCUCAGAUACUAUCGCUAGAUUGACAACUUACCUCACACCAUUUGAUUUGAAUUUAUUUGAUCUUGUUUUCGGUGAGAUAAAAAUUACUAACCCUUUGGAAUCGAUUGUUACAUCGAUUGCUAUUCAAUUGGCGAUUGUUACAUUUAAAUCGAUACAAUUAAAUAUCGAUGGAGUUGUGAUUCCAACAAUUGGAUCUUUGAUUAAUCUUUAUGCCAACGAUAAGAUGACUGAACAAGAAGUCAUUCUAACUGCUUAUUGGUUUGGACAUUUCGUCCAAAUAGAAGAUCAAUCAAUAAUCAAUCCAACAAUUGAAGUUUUAUCAUCAUGUGAACAAAUUAAACCUCAUUUAUCAGAAGGAAUAAAACUCACAAAGAAAACAUCAGGUAAAUCGUGUAUCAUCUCUGGACAUUAUGAUGAAAUGUUUAAUACAAUUGUCGAUCUACAAAUGGCUAAUAUUAUGGUCAAAUGGCCUAAAGAAUCGCUUGAGAACGAUGAGUUUUUUGAUUUCAAUACGAGAAUCAUUAAUAUGAACCAUUUAAAAAGUUACCUGAUCAGAAAUAUCCUUCAGCCAGAUGAGUACAUUCGUGUGAUUUUAGAGUUGACAGAAUCAACUUCAGCCCUGAUAGUCAACGCAGAUGAUCAACAAUUCAUUUAUCCGAAAUCAAUUUUUAAUCAACAAAACUCACCAUCUAAUCUGCUUCAGUAUAAUUUAUCCAACAGCGAUAAAGGUUUUCUAUCUGGUGACAGUUUAUUUACCUGUUUAGGUAAACUUUACGCUGACCAAGGAAUCGACUAUUGUCUUGAACAUUUAUAUCCAACUGUUAAUUAUCCUGUUCCAGUUGAUACUCUUUCACUCAAUUCAUUAAUCAAAUUUGAUCAUUCGGCCGAUUGGAAAGUCUUCAAAUAUCCUGAAUACUUUGACCACAUGCAGUGCUCAACAAUUAAUCUUUUUCGAGUUAAUCUCACUGAUUCUGAAGAUUGGUUUUUAGCAGACCACAAGAUCGAUGGCCGAAUACUUUACCCAGCGACGGGUUUAUUGAUGUUUGUUUGGUACACAGUAGCUAAGUAUUUUGGAAUUGUAUCAACACGUUUUCCGAUUGAAUUUCGAGACAUAAGACUAAUUCGAGCUACGGUUUUAACUGAAAAAGAGGUUAAGUUUACUGUUCAAUAUUUACCUUAUAACGGAACUUUUAGUAUUUUUGAAAGUGGUGCUGUUGUUGCCUUUGGUAAAGCGUUUGGAGGUCCUGAUUUGGAUUUGGUAAGAACUUGUCAUUCUAAGCUUGAAGAAGAAACUCGUGAAUAUGAUCUCAGUAAAGAAGAUAUUUACAAAGAGUUACGAGUUCGUGGCUACGAUUAUGGUCCACAUUUUCAGUGUCUUACUUCAGCCUCGAACUCAGGAUCACAUGGGAUAGUCGAAUGGCGAGACCCAAAAAAUUCAGAAUUGAAAGCGUCAACCACAAUCGGUAAAUCUCUUGCUGGAAUCUUCAGUUUUCUAAAAACUUGGAUAACAUUUACUGAUUCAGCUUUACAAUUAAUUUUGUUGUCCAGUCAAAAUAAUCGUGCUUAUAUUCCUACUGGUUUUCAAUCGUUGAUCUGUGAUCCAAUUUCUAUCAUGGAAAAAGUUAACUCUUUAAAUAAACCACCACAGAUGACUGAAGAGGAUUCAAAGUUAUCAAAUGAAGUUUCAUCUUCGACCGAUGAUAAAAAGAAACAAAUUUAUCCAGAAUUUAAUGUUUAUCAUGAUCCAAUUACACAAACAUUGUCAACUGAUGGCGUUUGGGUCAAAGGGCUCAAUGCAACCGAUACUAAUCGGAGAAACCAAUUAGUUAUUCUUGAAACUUAUGAUUUCACUCCAUUCGAUGAAAGUUGUUCUGUUGAUGAAAUGACAUUACAAUCAAUCGAAUCAUAUUCAUCACUGGUCUUUGGUCUGAUUGAUUUGUUACGAAAAAAGACUCUAACUUCGAGUGAUUGUAACAUUGAUCAGGAAAUUUCAUCAUUAACAAACACCAUUAACCUGGAAAAAGAGCAACAUUCACUGGCUAAUUAUUUAAUCUGUUUGUGUCGAGGAGAAACACCAACGGCAGAAAUUACCUCUAAACUAUCUGAUGACUUGUUGAUUGGUACAAAUGCAGUUCUUCAUUCUAAUCAAAGAUUUUUAAAGCCAUUCGUAAAUACUGCGACACUUCAUGAAUAUUAUGGUGGACACAUUAAUUCGCAAUCCAGUAUUAUCGAAAUCAAUGAUACUCAAUGUUUUCUCUUUGAUUCUGUUCAAUCAUUUCUUGAAACACAAUCAUUAGGCUCAAUGAAAGUUGAUUAUACUUUGGUGAAAUCGAAUGUACCUGAAUCAGAGACCGUUGAUAAACUUUCGGCUGUGAAUUCAAUUGUUUGGGAUAUCGAUGAAUCACCAGCUCCAAGUGAUCUGAGUAAAAACGAUUUAGUCAUUUACAAACUGACUAAUAAGUCAAUUGAUUCAUUAAUCUCAAAUGUCGAAAAAAUUCAAUCGAUUCUAAAACCAAAUGGUCAUUUGUUGAUAUUGACCAGAGAGAACUCAAAGACAUCAAACCUUGAAAGUCUAAGAUCGAAUCCAUUAGUUCAAAAUCUGUUGAAAGAUUUUCUCCCAAAUUCAAUUGACUCAAAUUCACUAAUUGAUAAAAUGAAAGAAAAUAAUUGGGUUUGUAUAAGUAAACGAACCCUUUCAUCCAAAUCGUUACCUUUGGUCGGAUUAAUGUUCAAAAAGUUACCAGAGUCGAUUAAUCUUGAGAAACAUAAGAUUAUCCGAGUUAAUCCAUUUGAAUAUUCGUGGCUUGAGAAUCUCAAGGAUGAAAUAAAAGCCAAUGAAGAAUCAAUAAUUUGGUUGGUUAGUCAAAAUGUUUCUGAUGUAAGUGUACUUGGUUUAGCUAAAUGUCUGAGUUUAGAACUUGGAUCUCGAAUUCGUUGUGUUGCUCUUCAACCUGGUUCUAAAGGAAUCGAUUUAUCAUCAAUCGAUUUGCAUAGUGCAACUUUCCAUCAACUAAUAUCUAAUGACUGUAAAUUCAAUAUUUAUGAUGAUAAACUCGGAUGGGGAGAUUAUUGUCACUUCGAGAUACCGACAAAACCAGAGACCGAUAGCAAAUGUUUAAUCCAAAGUAAAGAUGCUUAUGUCCAGUGUUUAAUUCCUGGUGAUCUUUCAUCACUUGUAUGGACUCAAUUCAAUCCAAUUCCUGAUUCUAAAAAAGGUCAAUCUCUCGUGACGAUCAACUAUUCAUCUCUUAAUUUUAAAGAUAUUAUGCAUGCGACUGGAAGAUUACCUUCUAAUCUUAAUCCCGAUUGGCGUAUUCCAGUAGAAAUGCCAACACCGAUUGGAUUAGAAUAUGCUGGUGUCGAUUCAAAUGGUAAUCGAGUUAUGGGUAUUGUCCCUCAUCGAGCAUUAGCGACUAACCUUAUAGUUGGUUCGAAUGAUUUUAGCUGGUCUGUUCCUUCAACAUGGAGCAUGGAAGAUGCAGCUACCGUUCCAGUCGUUUAUGCAACUGCGAUUUAUAGUCUUUUGGUUCGUGGUGAACUUCGUCAAGGAGAAUCUGUUCUUAUUCAUGCAGGAACAGGAGGAGUUGGAAUAGCAGCGAUAAACAUUUGUUUGAGUAUGAAUUGUAAGAUCUUUACAACGGUUGGUACAGAUGAGAAGCGGAAAUUUCUUCAAGAACAAUUUCCUUCGCUCGACGAAACGAGUUUCUCUCAUUCGAGAUCAACUUCAUUCGAAGAACAUAUUCUUAGACACACAAAUGGUCGAGGUGUUGAUGUUGUUCUCAAUUCAUUGUCUGAGGAUAAACUACAAGCAAGUGUGAGAUGUUUAGCACCAGGUGGACGAUUUCUGGAAAUUGGUAAAUAUGACAUUAUGCAGAAUAACAAUAUCAACGUGGGACUUUUCGAUGAGGGUAGAACUUUUCAUGGAAUUAUACUUGAUUCUUUCAUUGGCUCUGCGAGUUGUCCGAUUAGUAAAGAAGUUGGAAUAGAAAAUAACAAAGAGAAAAUCACUGCAUAUAUGAACCAAGGGAUUGCUUCUAGAGUAAUUAAGCCAAUUCCACACAAAGUAUUCAAAAUGAAUCAGGUUGAAGAAGCUUUUCGCUUUAUGGCCACAGGUAAACACAUUGGUAAAGUCUUGAUCAAAAUAAAAGAUGAAACUAGAGAUGGUGAAUGUUCUUUCAUGCCAUCAAAAGACGCGAAUGGAAUAUCAACAAGAUCGAUACCAUUGGCAAUUAAAUCGCCGAUUUUCUAUUCACAUAAAACUUAUAUUAUUGUCGGUGGGUUCGGUGGAUUUGGUUUGGAAUUAUCAUCUUGGUUAAUUAGUAAAGGAGCUCGUCGAUUGGUCCUUAAUUCUCGAUCGGGACCUAAAACGUCUUAUCAUAAAUUAUCUUUGGAUCGAUUAGAGUCACUUGGUGCUAAUGUCAUUCUAUCGACACACGAUUUAACUAAAGAACAGGAUUGUUGUUCACUUUUCGAAUCCCUUUCACCUUAUCCAAUUGGUGGGAUAUUUAAUUGUGCUCUCGUUUUGUCUGAUGCUUUAAUAUCCGAUCAAAAUGCUGAAACUUAUGAAAAAGUUUGUUCAUCUAAAGUUAAAAUAACAAAGAAUUUAGAUAAAUUAACUCGAUCAUUAGCUCCAGUUGAUUGUGAUUAUUUUGUGGUCUUCUCAUCAGUCGCUUGUGGAAGAGGUAACAAAGGUCAAUCUAAUUAUGGAUUAGCCAAUUCUUAUAUGGAAUCAAUUUGUCAAGAGAGAUUCAAACAUGGACUUCAUGGUCUAGAUCAAUGGGGAUACGUUGGGGAUGUUGGAUUUGUUGUUGAAAAAUUAGGUGUUAAAGUUGAUUCAGUUCGUGGGACAGCAGCGCAACGAAUUAACUCUUGUUUCUCUGUACUAGAACGAGCAUUGAUGUAUCCAUCGCCUGUUGUAUCAAGUUGCGUGAGAGCAAUUGAUAGAAAAAGCGUUUCUUUCGGAUCUGGAGACAUAAUUAGUUCAAUCAGUCACAUCCUGGGCAUCAAAGACAUUAAUUCACUUGAUCCUAAUAUUACUUUAGGUGAACUUGGUAUGGAUUCGUUGAUGGCAAUUGAAGUUCAACAUGUUCUGGAGAAACAGUAUAGCAUCUCGAUCACCUCUCAAGAGAUCCGAGCUCUCAAAAUAUCUAAAUUGAAGGAAUUAUCAACCAAAAUGAACAAUGAUAAACAAACAACAGCAUUAUCAAGCAACAUCUCGAUGACCAAUUCAUUAAACGAUACACAUUCAAUGUUUGGAUCACUGUUAUCAAUUCAAGUUCCAAAAGGAAUAAUCAGUAAUCUGAAUGAUUUAGAAAGAUCAAAUUCAUUCAAACCAACUUAUUAUGUUCCUCCAAUCGAAGGAAAUUAUGAUUUGAUGAAAGGUCUUAUUGAUCGUGUUAAAAGACCAGCACUCGGACUUAAUUGGCCUUACGAUCUUUCAUCUCUUACCUCAAUCGAGUCUGCAGCAAAUUAUUAUGCUGAUUAUUUGACCAAAUCUCAUUCACCAAAUGACAAAAUACACAUGGUCGGCUACUCCUUUGGAGGUAUAAUUGCUUAUAAUAUCGCUUGUGAAUUAGAGAGCCGUUUUCUUUCUAGUGGAAGUGGACCAAUAAUCGAGAAAUUGAUUCUUAUUGAUGCUGAUCCUGAAAAGUUGAAAAACGUGGUAGAGAUUACUAAAAAUCGCAUCGAUGAUGCUCCUUUGAGUACUCAAGAGACUGAGUUUAUCAAGGGUGUAGUGAAAAGAAUUUCAAACUUAGAUUCAAAUCAAUUCGAUGCUGAAAUAGCUAAUUGUUACAAUCGAAAAGAAAGAUUCGAAAAAUUCACAAAAAUAAUGAUCGAUAAAGGAAUUCCCGCAGAUAAAGCAGAUAUGAUUUCUAAAGUUAAUGAGUUAACUUUGCAGAAAGGACAAAUGCUUACCAAUUAUUCACCAACGAUGAAUUCGAAAUUUAUUGAAAUAAUUCAUAUUCAAGCUAAAACUGAUCUACCGUUGUUCCAAAGUGCAAAACAAACUCAAUUCAAACUUGGAACCGAACACUUUUUUGAUGGUAAUCAUCACACGAUAAUUGGAUUGAACUUAGACGCUAUCGAAAAAAUAGCAAACAAUUUCUUCAGCAUCCAAGAAGAUGAUAAUAAUGUUCUCUAACUGAUCGCUUGUUUAAUAACCAAUGUUCAUCUUUCACUUAUCACUUCACGAUGACUUUUUGCAUUUUUCACUUGAUCUAAUAAUUUCGAUCCAUUUAUAAUAAUAAAUCCAAUAAACUUUGAUCAUAAUUGAACUAUUCAAUCAUCAA